AUGCUGCAAACAGGGCUGAUCCCGAAUGCGCAUGGCGACCUUGUAACAGACGCGACAUACGAUUUCUACGGCUUACGCUUAGCGACAUGCAGUCUUGAUCAGAGAAUAAAGAUUUGGCAGCUGGACGAAAGCACUGGAAAUUGGACAGUACAAGAUGACUGGAAGGCUCACGACGCGGCGGUGUCAAAGGUUUCAUGGGCACAUCCGACAUUUGGCUCAAUCAUCGCGUCUUCGUCUUUUGACCGUACCGUGAAGAUAUGGGAACAGGUCGUCGACGCGUCGAACAAUGGACCAAAGACCUCAAUCAAUGGCAAUGGAGCCUCUCCUGUUUCUCCUUCUCGUUGGAUCGAAAGAGCUGUGCUGCACGAAGCGAGGGGCACAGUCAGAGCCGUUGAAUUUGCCCCGCACCACUUUGGUUUAAAAUUGGCUACUAUCUCCUCAGACAACCACCUCAGAAUCUACGAGUGCGUUGAACAGCCUUCUCUCACUGCAUGGCACGUCAGCGAAGAAGCCGAUGUUCUGAAUCUCCCGAUCUCCACGACGCCAUCUUUCUUGUCGCGCACUCACACUGGGGCGCUGGCUACCCCUACCCAGACGAGCGCGACUUUAGAUGGGGGCGCGGGGGCUUCGGCGUCUUUGGUGGCUCAGGCUCUACAACAAGGCAUCCAACAGAAUUUGGCCACAGGGCCAAUUCCCCCAGGACGCUCAGGAAUGGGAAAUCGUGAGGCAGAUGGAGGUUGGUGUAUUUCUUGGUGCAAAGAUCGGUACUGGGGGGAAGUCAUCGCGGCAGGGUGCGGUAUCGGAGGAACUGUUAAGGUUAUUCAGAUAUCCGCGUCUCAACGUCCAAUGACCCUUCUCACUCUCGAUCCUUCGCCUGCCCAUGCUGCUUCGACUAUGCAGACUUUAACUGGCUCUGCAGAUGCUCCCGCGGAGGCAGACUCCCCCUCACCCGCCUCGUAUGCUGUCACUUCAGUGGCCUGGGCCCCGUCUUGCGGUAGGUCUUAUCAUCUCAUCGCAACUGGCUGUCGCGACGGCAAGGUUCGUAUCUGGAAAGUCAAGCCAGCACCUGAAGAUGCCGAGGGUGACGAAGGUGAAGAAGGGCGUUGGUCGGCUACCAUUGUCGCUGAUUUUGACAACCACAAAUCAUCCGUUGGCCGAGUAGAGUGGAAUAUUACUGGCACUAUCCUGUCUUCAGCGGGCAAUGAUGGUCGCAUUCGCCUGUGGAAAGCCACAGUAGGGAAUGUCUGGCGCCCUGCAGGCAGUCUUGGAGUAGAGCAAGCCCAAGAAGAUGAUCAAGACAACAGAGAGAGCGGCGAUGUUGUUAUGGACAAUUGA